UAAUUGCUCUGCUAGGGUUUUCUUGCUCUCUGUGCGUCAUGGCUGUCGCCGGGGCCCCCAAGGGCAACCCGGCACCGACGAUGAGAUCAUGGUCGUUUGCGGACAUGGUCACGCAGUCUCCUCUGCAUUUACCCGAGGUGGACAUCCUGCUGAGGCCUCCAAAAAUGAUAGAUGCGGAGUUGUGUGUAAUGUUCUCUCCAGAGGAAAUCCACAAAUCGGCUCAGCCUUUUGUCUUCUCUCUAGUGAUGAAAUUCUUGCGUCAACGGCCUAGCUUGGAUGUGAUCAGGUCCUUCGUGCGUAGCCGUUGGGGGCUGGAAUCUCAACUCGUGGUUUCCAGUAUGAGGAAACCAAGAAACGUGUUUCUCAAAUUUUCGAAGGAGGACGAUUUCCUAAAGGCUUUUUCUCGGGAAGCUUGUGAUGUGGAAGGAGUGCCAUAUAGAUUUUUCCAUUGGAUGACAGAUUUCUCCGAAGAUGUGGAACCUGCCUGUGUUCCAGUUUGGGUUAUUCUUCUGGGUUUGUCCCUAAACUUCUACCAUGAGUCUUUCCUUCGGAACUUGCUUUUGCCGAUUGGAAGGUACAUCCGACAGGAUAAUAGUACUCGGUGUGCAACACGCACAGAUGGUGCCAGGGUCUGCGUAGAGAUGAACGCGACAGCGGAACCUCAUCAUGGGUUUUGGAUUGGUGCUCCCCGGCAACCAAACAGCAGAUUCCAGGUAAUCAAAUACGAAACCUUGCCUGCCUAUUGUGUUCAUUGUAGUAUCCAGGGGCACAAUAAAAACACCUGUAAAAAAGAAUUCCCAAAAGAGAAAAGUGAUGGGGGAAGGGGUGAACGUGAAAAUGAGGGCCUAAAGUGGGUGAAAAAAUCAGGAGGUGAGAAGAGGGACAUUGCUGAACUUGAAGAAGGGGAAAUAGAAAUUGAAAAACAGAGUGGGAAGGAAUUGUGUAAAGUUUCAAAUUGUGUGGAAGAUAUAGUACUGGAUGGAGACGAGUUACAAAAGGGGAGAGAAAUAGAUAGUUCCUUGGCGAGGAAUGGAGAAUCGAAGGAUGUCCUCGGAGAAUCUAGAGAUGGAGAAUUGCAGAACUCCUCGGCGGAUAGAAAUUAUUGGCCAGUUUCUCGAAAAAAAAAAAAAUGA